AUGAAUUCAAGCAUCGAGACAAAGGAGUUUUGCAUUUCAAUACCACCUGACGUUAAUUCAGAUGGUGUGUGGGCGAAUCCCACUUUACAUCUCAAUAACUUUUCCUUGCCACUGCUGGAAAUGCAGAUGAUUGCCAUUUUUAGCAUCACCCAAGCCUCCCAUUUUCUUCUCCAUAGAUUUGGGCUGCCCAAGAUUGUCUCUGAAAUGAUGGCAGGCCUAAUAUUGGGUCCUCAGUUACUUGGGCGCAUAAAAGAUUAUCGUGAUUUCAUGUUCCCAGUUUUAGGCCAAGACUUGAUCGGCAUCAUAUCUUCGUUAGGGUACACACUGUUUCUAUUUCUAGGGGGAGUAAAAAUGGACCUGAGCAUGAUAUUUAGAACGGGAAGGAAGGCCAUGUGUAUUGGUGCUUUGACCCUGUUAGUGCCUUUUCUGCUUGCUAUGGGAACGCAGAAGGUCCUCACCAUGCCUCUAAGCAGCGACGAUAGACUGAAAAUCAUCAUGGCAGCGGCGAUACAAGCUUCGACGCCGUUUCCGGUCAUUGCUUGCCUUCUAAGUGACCUCAAAAUUGUAAAUUCUGAACUCGGCCGACUAGGACUAUCUACAGCAGUGGUGUGUGACCUGCUAAGUGGGUUUCUUGUUUCUGGUUUCUCAUUGGCUAAAGUUGCGUAUUGGGACAGAAGAGGGGCUUUGCAGGAUGUUGGGAUGGUUGUAGGGUAUUUCAUAGUUGUUGUGUUUGUUGCCCGGCCGGCUAUGUAUUGGAUAGUGAGACAGACCCCUGAAGGCAGGCCUGUGAGGGACCUCUACAUUUUUAUCAUCAUUCUAGUAGUGUUGGGUGCUGCUUUGGUAUCUAAUAAGUUUGGCCUGUCGGUGGUGUUCGGGCCUUUUAUUUUGGGUUUGGCCGUACCGGACGGACCGCCACUGGGAUCGACUCUAGUCCACAAGCUGGAUUGCAUGGUCUCCGGGGUGCUUUUGCCACUCUUUGUAACCAUAACCAUGAUGAAGGCGAAUCUAUCAGACAUAGACUUUUAUCAUGACAAUCGAUUGGCAGUUCCCAAUGCAAUGAUUACAGUCGUUAUUGUCAUUGCCAAGUUUGUAGCCUGUUUGGUGCCCGCACUGUAUUGCAAGAUGCCAAUCAAGGAUGCAACCACACUAGCUCUCAUUAUGAGUUGCAAAGGCGUUUGCGAAAUGGCCUCCUAUAGCAUUUACAGAGCCACUAACAGCAUAUCCUCGGAUAUUUUCUCUAUUGCAAUGUACACAAUUCUCGUUAUUGCCAGCAUCGUGCCAAUUCUAAUUACGCGCUUGUACGAUCCUUCAAGGAAAUAUGCCGGCUACCAGAGAAGAAACUUAGUUGAUCAGAAACCAAAUGCAGAGCUAAAGAUUCUUGCUUGCAUCCAAAGACCAGAACACAUCCCCGCCAUCAUCAACCUACUUGAGAAUGUAUCACCAACAAGAGAGAGCCCCCUUGUUGUUUACGCUCUUCACCUCAUUGAGCUAAUUGGUAGAGCCUCGCCCGUCUUCAUUUCCCACCAAAUGCAGAAGAAGACUCUUUCAAACCGCUCCUACUCCGAAGACGUCAUUCUUUCGUUCAGUCAUUUUCAGCGAAACAAUCCUGAUAGUGUAACUGUGAAUGCCUUCACGGCCAUCUCCCCAUCCAAGCUAAUGUACGAGGACAUCUGCAUGCUUGCACUCGACAAAGUUACGUCUCUUAUAAUCCUCCCAUUCCAUCGAAAAUACUCCAUUGAUGGGUCUAUUGAAUUGGAAGACAAUACGCUAAGGACCCUAAAUUGUAGUGUUCUCGAGAGAGCGCCUUGCUCUGUGGCAAUCCUUGUUAACCGUGGCCAUAUAAAGCGCUCAACAACAACAAACGUGCUAGAGUCAUACAAUGUUGCCAUGGUCUUCUUGGGAGGACGUGAUGAUAGAGAGGCAGUGACUUUGGCUAAACGCAUGGCCAAGUACUCUACCAUUUGCCUAACUGUGAUACGGCUGAUUCCUGAGGGUGAAGAAGGCAUUACUGACUGGGAUAAAAUGCUGGACUCAGAGGUACUGAAGGACCUCAAGUAUAGCACUUCUGCAGGUGAAGAAUAUAUAGUUUACAUGGAGGAGAUGGUGAGCGACGGACCCGAGACCGCAAUGAGAUUGAGAGAAAUAGUAGAUGAAUAUGACCUUUUCAUAGUUGGAAGAAGAUACAACGUGGAGAGCCCUCUUACAAUUGGUUUUGAUGAAUGGAGCGAAUUCCCAGAGCUAGGGGUUAUGGGAGACAUGCUUGCCUCAACAGAUUUCAAUGGCAGAUGUUCAGUCUUGGUGGUGCAACAACAGAUGACAGUGUAG